UUAAAUUAUAUAUGGUAGAAAUAAUCGUAACGUUAUAUUAAGAGCAGCAAAAGUAGUAAAAAAUGUUACUAUCGUGGAGGUUCAACGGUAUCGAUUUCCCGCUCCAAUUAUAAUUAUAUAUCAAAGUUAUGUACAGUGCAUUUAAAGCAUAUAUACAUACUCUCAACGACAUCAACCAUUUUCGCCUUCCCUUGCACGAAGCUCGUCAUUUUAAUCGCAAACAUAGAAACUGAGUAAUCCUAUCCCUCGUAUCGUAUUUAUCAGCGAUAUCGUAGCUCAAAUUGCGAAAAGCCAAGGUACCGCAUCGAAUAAAGUUUAUUACUUCGAAGUUUAUAUAAUAUUUUGCAAGAGAUAACGGGGCUUAAUAUGUACACGACUGCAUCGAUGCGACAAUGAAAUGCAUCGUCGCCCUUCCAAAGGCACCCACGAGGUUGAGCCGGACCUGGACAAGUUGUUCAGAGGCUGCGCGACCUAGCACGAUCCAAGGCUAGGUAGCCUAGCACAACCUGGUGAACCAGACAAAGUUAAGAAGAAAGAGGAAGAGAAACGGAGAGAGUAGCUGCAAUCGCACGCCUACGAAUGUUGGAACUCUCGGGAGCAGGGAGGAGAGACCGUAUAACCGGCGAGUCAGUCGACUAUUAGUGGUCUGUGACUCUGGAGGUAGCCCGACCACCGCAGAACCGAGCCCGACGCAGCUCGGUUGCGUUCGGUCGGUAGUCGGGGCCAGUCGGGCGCUCCACUGCUCUUUUCGGUCUGGUCGUUUUCCUCAGUCCGUCGUCGUUGCGCAUCGAGAACAGUUGCACCCUUUCUUUUUUUCGCUUAAGGACAUACAACGAAAUAGUCAAGUCAAUCUUUUUCGCGCUAUGUGACAGAUAUUACGGGGCACCAAGAGUGUACCCCGCCUUCUCUGAAUAUCAUUCCCACCCUAUCCUUCCUUUUCUACCUUGCCACUAACAUUCUCCUUUGCCCUAAGAGAGAGAAAGAGCACACGUUGUAAACGCAGGCACGUACGUACGCAGGCACUCGCCGACGAAGGGGCCACGAGGGCCCCGUGGAAUCGUGCCUAGGAAAACAUGGAGUGUCCACAUCUUGCUCAAAGCGUCCAAUUCGGCGGUAACGACGUAGAAGCGAAUUGUACGAAGGAUCUACCGUUCGUCUGUGCAGUAUGUGGCACUGAGAAAAGUACGUGGCUCUGUUUGUACUGUGGAGCCAUUCACUGUGGACGAUACGUGGCAGGCCAUGCAUUACAGCAUCACGAAGAAAAUAAUCAGCACUGUGUUUGUAUCGACUGUGAGAACCUGGCAGUAUUCUGUUACAUGUGUGACGAGUAUGUAAUUAACGACACGACGAGCGGCCAAAUUGAGAAGAUACGUCGCGUCACAUUUCGCAAAGAUGAGCACAAGGAGAAUGAGGAGAAUUGGAACACGUCGCCGUCUACGACGCCGUCCUCGAGGAGAGAGAACAGUGAUGAUAACGACGCGGACGCCCUAUGGAAAGCGGAAGUGGUCGUAAGGAACCUCCGACCGAGGACAGCGCGGAAAAGGCUACACUCGUUGGAUGGCACAAGCGGGGACAAUCGGCCGGCGACCAAGCGUAGGAGCUCCAAGAUAACCAAAGAGAAGAAGGUCGUCGGCCUGAGAAAUCUCGGCAACACCUGUUUUAUGAAUGUUGUGUUACAAUCAUUCAACAACAUCAGCCAUUUUUGCGAGUAUCUCACGCAGAUGCCAUGCCUAGAGGGCAUACCAUUCGACGAGCCGCCCACGCAUAGAGGGCGAAUCGUCACGCCCGGUCGAGCAAAAGAGUUUAUGAGUGACGCCUUACUCGCGGAAGAGCUCAGGAAGGUACUCCUUGGUUUGAAUCUUGGUGGCUCAAACGGUCAAGCCAUUUCGCCCGAAUGCCUUUUCCUUGUCAUCUGGAAAGUCGUACCAAGAUUUCGAGGCUACCAACAACAAGACGCUCAUGAAUUUCUUACCUAUAUGUUGGACAGACUGCACACCGAGCUCUUGCAAUUGUUGCCCAGACUGGGACACGAACCUCUCGGUCUGCGCGGCAAGCAGAGCAUCGUCACAGCCGUGUUUGGAGGCACCCUUCUUAGCGUGGUCCACUGCAUGAACUGCCGUACAGAUUCCAAGACGCACGAGCCCUUUCAGGAUCUUUCACUGGAUAUACCGGACAGAUUGCAAAGACGAACGAAAGAACAGGAAGAAGUAUGCAGUCUCACGUACAGCUUAACGAGAUUCUUCAAAGUCGAAGAGCUGGCCGAUAGCGAACUAUACUUUUGUGACAAUUGCAUGGGGAAACAGAGAUCUACCAAGAGGUUCUGGAUACACAGGCUGCCUAAUGUGUUGUGCCUUCACAUUAAAAGAUUUAGGUGGUGCAAUUCCUAUCGCUCGAAGGUGGACACACAGGUGGAUUUUCCGAUGAAAUCACUUGAUAUGUCUGCAUUUACGGUGCGUGGCGUGAGUGGAACGAAAUUGGGCGCUUCAAAUAGUCACCUAUAUGACUUAGCUGCCGUUAUUGUACAUCACGGUUCAGGUGCUGGAACUGGACAUUAUACUGCCUUCGCUGUUCACGACGGACAAUGGUUUCACUUUAACGAUAGCUCUGUACGACCAGCAACCACGGACGCAGUCGCCAAGUGUAAACCCUAUAUUCUGUUUUACGUGCGGAAAGAAUUCUCCAUUCCACCUCCCUUGUGACGUCGUUUCCCCAGUCAGUCCCGUCCUGAUGGUGCGAGCUUCAACGACGAUGACCAUGAACGAAUAAACAAGAAGUAAGCGAAAUUCGAACAGAAUGUUGAAUGGUGCAUAUGCUAAAAGGGCCAAAUGGAAGAAGACUUAGACAAGUUUCGCGAAGUUUCUAAAAGAGGAAGGAAGAAAACAUCCGUUUUCGAUUUUUUCGUUUAGUAUGAUUAAAUAUAGACUUUGGGUAUGUUUUGUUAAUUAUAAGUGAUAAACAUGAAUUUCGAAGAA